UCAAACACGUGUUUCACUGGGACAAUAGUGGGUGGUGCACACUUCCUUCGCCCGGCCACAGAAGACAAAAAAGAGUUGCUGGUGUAACAAUAGGAAGAAUAUAUUCCACUCCUCUCUUGUACACGCGGCUUAUGAGAUGAACGCUCGUCAAGAAGAACGUCCCCUUCAGCAGCAGGAGGAUCCACAGCCCCCCCACAUUAAAGAGGAAGAGGAGGAAGUGUGGAUGAGUCAGGAGGGAGAGUGUCCUGUAGGGCAGGAGGAGGCUGAUGUCAGCAAGUUUCCACUGACUGUUGUCUCUGUGAAGACUGAAGAGCAUGAAGACAAACCACCUGAGUCCUCACAGCUUCAUCACAGUCCAAACGUCUGUGAAGAACAUCUUCUCCCUGAGCAACAGAAGUGGAGCUUCAGGAUGGAGCCACAGCCCUCCCACAUUAAAAAGGAAAAGAAACACCCACUGAUCCCCCAUUUUAAAGCGGAAGAGGAUGACCCACUGACCACUCACAUCAAAGAGGAAGAGGAGGACUCAUUGACCCCCAAUUUUAAAAAGGAAGAGGAGAAGCCACUAAUAACCCAUUUUAAAGAGGAAGAGGAGGACCUACUGACCCCUUACUUUAAAGAGGAAGAGGAGGACCAAGAGCCGCCGCACAUUAAAGAGGAAGAGGAGGACCAAGAGCCGCCGCAGAUUAAAGAGGAAGAGGAGGAAAAGGGCAUCAGUCAGCCUAAAUGGUUGGAGGAGUUCCCAGUGACUGGUGUCCCUGUGAAGAGUGAAGAUGAUGAGGUGAAAGGUGAAAGUGAGGAGAGGGGAGGGGGGGAGCCUCCAAGCAGCAGCUCAACACAACACAUGACAACAGAAGCUGAUGGAGACCACUGUGGAGGAUCACAAGCAGACAAGCUCUUAGCUCCACUAUCAGAUAGUGAGGACACAACGUCACACUCUCCUGACACUGAUGAUGAAGACUCUAAAGAUGAUAAGACAUGUCACACUGACAACACUCACUUCAAAUGUUCUCACUGUCACAAAACUUUUAAAUAUCCUAGUAAAUUGAAAAGACACAUGAGAACACACACUGGAGAAAAACCUUUUUCAUGUUCAAUCUGUAGUAAAGGUUUUGCAGAAAGUCGAUAUUUGAAAGAACAUAUGAGAACACACACUUGUGAAAAACGUUUUUCCUGUUCAACCUGUGGUAAAGGUUUUACACAAAAUCAGAGUUUGAAAAUACAUAUUAGAACACACACUAGAGAAAAACCUUUUUCUUGUUCACUCUGUAGUAAAGGUUUUACACAAAGUAUCAAUUUGAAGGUACACAUGAGAACACACACCAGUGAAAAACAUUUUUCCUGUUCAAUCUGUGGUAAAGGUUUUAGAGAAAGUCAACAUUUGAAAAGACACAUGAGAACACACACUGGUGAAAAACCUUUUUCAUGUUCAAACUGCGGUAAACAUUUUACUCAGAGGCCAGAUUUAAAAGUACACAUGAGAACACACACUGGAGAAAAACCUUUUUCAUGUUCUAUCUGUGGUAAAGAUUUUACUCAGAGGCCACAUUUGAAAGUACACAUGAGAACACACACUGGAGAAAAACCUUUUUCAUGUUCAAUCUGCGGUAAAGAUUUUACUCGAAGGGAAAAUUUCAAAAAGCACAUGAGAAUACACACUGGAGAAAAACCUUUUCCUGUUCAAUCUGCAGUAAAUAUUUUGCGCAACGGCACUAUUUGAAAGAACACGUGAGAACACACACUGGAGAAAAACCUUUUACAUGUUCAGUAUGUUGUAAAAGUUUUUUACAAAGUCAGCAUUUGAAAAGACACAUGAGAAGACACCCAGGAGAGAAAGUGUUGAGUUGCAGUGUGUGUGGUGAAAGAUUGUCUUCUAAGUACCAGUGUAAGAAACACAAGUGUGCUGGUGAGAACAGCAGCAGCAAAUGAAACUGCAGGAUUUGAAAUAAACUGUCCAGACUUUAACUUUGACCUUCUAAAAACAUCAGCACAUAGUUUCUAAGAUUUAUAGAUGAGAUAUUUUAGAUUAUUACCUUUUUUCAGUCAAGUACUACACAUGACAAGUGUUUUUUAAAGUUGUUCAUGAUUUAUCCCCCUUUUUUAGAAUUCCUCAAACAUUAUCAAUUUCAGAAAACAUGGGAACGUUUGGAAUGUUUGGGAAAAGUUAAUUAUGUACAUCAUCCCACAGAGCUUUACUGUACAUCCAUCCAUUUGUUCUACCACUUGUCUCUUUCAUUUUAUAUGUAUAGCAUUUAAUCACAUACUUUUCCGCCAAAGGGUGUUGUGUUUUGGAGGAACUCCUUCUGUCAGAGUGCUGUUCACACUUCUUUUACUGCGGAAAUCUACUCACAAAAACAAUCCAAACAGUAGGUAACAAAAAACGAUGGUGCGAAAAAGAGAAGACUAAAUGUGCAUUUUGGAAAAAAUAACAAAAGCUACUUCUAUACACAAAUAAAGUCAACUUGGUUUGGAGUUACAAGACGUGCACACUACAAAACAACACCAAGAUGGAUGGCACUGGGAAUGGCCAAGGUAGCAAAAUACUCAAAGCAUAGAAUCAACUGGCGUGGAGUAGAAUCGCCGAGUGCCAUCCAGCUGUCAAGGUGCUGCUUAAGUAGCACCAGGGUCAAUUGGAAGCAGCUGUGCACGUCCCACAACUCCGCCCACAAGGGCAACACAGGGACUUUAGGAGGAAGGAGAAAUGUAAGAACAAGGUCAACUGCACCAAAAGACGAAAACUGACUGUUGGAGCCAAAUUUCCUUAUUUGCUUAUAUUGUUUUUAUUUUGUUUUCUCUGAUUGAUAGCUGGCUUCAGUUCAUGCUGAAUGUCCCUUUCUGCAGAUUGCUCCGUCCACUUCCUGUUGAGAACCAGGAAGUGUUGACAGGGAUGGGACUGUUGCUAUGGUGCGGUUGCCAUGGUAGCCUCCUUUAAUUGUGUUCAGCUGGGAACACUGGGGGGUGAUUGCAUGGAGGACAAACAGUUUUGGAGCGUGUGGUGUGGUGUGUGGUCAGGUCUCACUGCUGUGACAAUGUGCCAUUCAAGGUCAGCAUACAUAAUGUUCUAGAACCUACUUUUCAUUUCAUUUUGAUAGCUUGGAAUAAAGGGAUUGUCAUAUCCAAACACAUUUCUA